AUGGCCGGGGGAGCAUACAUGAGCAUGGGGGAAGCUCACCGGCGAAUUUUGGAGUACUUAAACCGCUUCUCCGACGCCGUUUCCACCCAGGACGGCAAGUCUCUCAGCCGCCUCCUCUCCAUCUCCUCCGAUUCCCCUCAGCUCCUCUCCCUCGCCGAUGCCCUCAACACCUUCCAGGAUUUCAGUAGAUUGAUUAGACAAUCGAAUGAGUAUGCACAGUAUGCGGACAUAAUCCUUCCCCUGUUUCGCACGUUGCAAAGCUAUCGUUUGAGAAAUUUGGUUGAGUCCUACCAGGCCUUUGAAAAGGCUGCAAAUUCUUUUAUCCAGGAAUUUCGCAAUUGGGAAUCAGCCUGGGCCUUGGAGGCAGUCUAUGUACUUGCAUAUGAGAUUAGGGUUCUUGCUGAGAGGGCGGAUAGAGAAUUGACUGCGAAUGGGAAAACCCCAGAAAAACUAAAAGGGGCUGGUUCACUUCUUAUGAAAGUUUUUAGUACUCUUGCUGGAAAAGGUCCCAAACGUGUUGGAGCUCUAUAUGUGACCUGCCAGCUUUUCAAAAUUUACUUCAAGCUUGGUACUGUUCAUCUAUGCCGCAGUGUCAUAAGAAGCAUUGAAACUGCCAGGAUUUUUGACUUCGAAGAAUUUCCUGUUCGGGAUAGGGUCACAUAUAUGUAUUACACUGGCCGUCUGGAGGUCUACAAUGAGAAUUUUCCAGCAGCUGAUCAUAAAUUAUCAUAUGCUUUGACACAUUGCAAUUCCCGGAAGGGAGCUAAUAUGAGGAUGAUUCUCAAGUAUCUAGUACCAGUAAAGUUGUCAAUUGGAGUCUUGCCUAGAGCAUCGCUUCUUGAAAGCUAUGGUUUGACUGAGUAUAGUGACAUCGUGCUAUCCCUCAGACGAGGUGAUCUUCGACUCCUUAGACAUGCUCUCCUGGAGCAUGAAGACCGCUUCUUAAGAUCUGGAGUGUACCUCGUGUUAGAGAAGCUAGAGCUUCAAGUUUACCAAAGAUUGUUGAAGAAGAUUCACUUAAUCCAAAAGGAGAAGGAUCCCAAUAAGGCCCAUCAGAUAAAGCUAGAUGUCAUUGUUAAAGCAAUGAAAUGGCUUCAAAUGGAUAUGGAUAUUGAUGAGGUGGAAUGCAUUAUGUCCAUUCUAAUCUACAAAAAUCUUGUCAAGGGAUACUUUGCUCAUAAGAGCAAGGUGGUGGUUUUAAGCAAACAAGAUCCGUUUCCAAAAUUAAACGGCAAACCUGUUAGUUCUUAG